UUUCCUUUCCAGAAAUUGUUGUACUUGGCCCAUGGUGCGUUGUGACGAAAAAGAGGAAGAGAAGUGAGGCACGCAGAACAGCUGUUUGUGUCUAUCGAUUGAACUAUCGAUUGCAUCAAAGCACAGUUCAGUGGGGAGAUUUUUCUUGUUACAGCCCGCUGGCAAAAUAUUUGUGUUUAAUCUAGUAAAGUCUAGUAGAACUUUUACCCGAAAACAAGUGCAAUAAUCAAAGCUACCUUGGGCGACAUAGAGUAGCAGCAGUGAGCACGCACAUCAAAUAUAAACGGACAGCACCGAAAGGUGGAGAAGCAAUCAAAGUCAGAAAGUAAUCGACACACGCACACAGCGAAACACAUUACGUGCCGAGCGCAAUCUCUUUCCUUCCCCCCAUUUUCCACCAAAAAAAAUCGCAGUGGCAGGCGAAAAAAUCAACACAAUUGCGUCGUAAACCAAGCAGGCUGCAAAGCGUUUUAAGUUUGUGUAAAAAACCCAACAGCUCCGGCUGAAUGUCUAGAAGCAACUUCUGAACGAACCAACAACUUCACCGAUCAGCACCACAAGAAGAAGAAGAAGCAUCAGCAGAGGACAGAGGAGAAGCAGCGCUCAGCUGAGACUUCCGCAGGCCAGGCAGUGGAUAGCACCACUGAAGUGAAGUGAAGCGGGCAGCAGCCAUUAUGAGCAUGGUGCGGCGGAUAAUCUUGUUGGGCCCUAAAUACAGCGUCUGGGCAAAGGGUGCCGGAGUACCAACCACACAGCACUCAGCAAAAUGUGCAGCAGCAACAGGAGGAGGAGGGGGACCCGGAGUGUGCGGCGUACGACGCUUCCACUUGGCCACACGCCACUGCGCUGCCAGCAGGCAGAUUGUGCUGGAGCCCGUCAUGAAUAUACCCGCGUACAUUGACAUCACCAAUGGAACGACACAGACGCCGGAGGACUCAAGCGGCGGCAGCGGAAGCAGCGCCAGCAGUGGCGGCACCUCAAAGAUCCCUGGAACCGGCUCGAGUGCUGGCGGAGCGAGCACAACGAGCGGUGGAGAUCCGCCGGGCGGUGGCGACAAGUUUCUGUCGUGCCCGAAAUGCGGCAGCGCCUGCACUCAGGUGGAGACGUUCGUCAGCUCGACGCGAUUCGUCAAGUGCGCCAAGUGCAACUACUUCUUUGUGGUGCUCUCCGAGGUGGAGACCAAGCAGCGGGUCAAGGAUGAGCCGAAGAACCAGCGAAAACCCCCACCGCCGCCCCAGAAGAUCAUGGAGUACCUCGACAAGCACGUGGUGGGCCAGGACUUUGCCAAGAAAGUGCUCGCCGUGGCGGUCUACAACCACUACAAGCGCAUCCACCACAAUCUGCCCCAGCUGCAGCAGCAGCAGAGUGGCGGUCAGGGAGGCACUGGCAUGGACGGCAUUCCCCGUCCCGAUCUCCUGCACAUCACGGGCAUUGGUCACACCCUAAACAGCUCGCCGGGCAACGAACUCCCCCCCAAGCCAGCACAGAUGGGCAUGGGCGGAGGCAUGGGCGGCGGUCUGGGGAGCAACCUAGGCAAUCAGCCGGGACGCGGCGGCGGCGACAAUCGCGCCGGCUCCGAGAUACUCGACAACAAGUCCACGGACGUGAAGCUGGAAAAAAGCAACAUCAUCAUGCUCGGGCCCACGGGAUCGGGCAAGACGCUGAUUGCCCAAACGAUUGCCCGCUGCCUGGACGUCCCGUUUGCCAUCUGCGACUGCACGACCCUCACCCAAGCGGGCUACGUGGGCGAGGACAUUGAGAGCGUCAUCUCCAAGCUGCUGCAGGAUGCCAACUACAAUGUGGAUCGAGCCCAGACGGGCAUUGUGUUCCUCGACGAGGUGGACAAGAUCGGUGCCGUCCCUGGAAUCCAUCAGCUACGCGAUGUUGGCGGCGAAGGUGUCCAGCAGGGCAUGCUCAAGAUGCUGGAAGGCACGGUCGUCAAUGUCCCAGAGCGUAACUCCCCGCGAAAACUGCGCGGCGAAACGGUGCAGGUGGAUACCACGAAUAUCCUUUUUGUGGCCUCCGGCGCCUACACGGGACUGGAUAGGCUCAUUGGUAGACGCCUCAACGAGAAGUAUUUGGGCUUUGGCAUGCCCUCUUCGUCAAGCGGCUCUGGCAAUCGUCGAGCCGUGCAAUCGGUGGCUGCCCCCAUGGACAAUGAUCAGGAGGAGCGUGAUAAAUGCCUCACCAAAGUGCAGGCCCGUGAUCUCGUCGAGUUCGGAAUGAUUCCCGAAUUCGUUGGACGCUUUCCGGUUAUUGUGCCCUUCCACAGUUUGAAUGUCAGCAUGCUGGUGCGCAUUCUCACCGAGCCACGUAAUGCUCUGGUGCCUCAAUACAAGGCGCUGCUGGGUCUGGAUGAUGUUGAUCUAACCUUCGAUGAAGAUGCUGUGGAAUCAAUUGCCAAGCUGGCAAUGGAAAGACAUACAGGUGCCCGAGGAUUGCGCUCCAUAAUGGAGCAACUCUUGCUGGAUCCCAUGUUCAUAGUGCCAGGCUCGGACAUACGGGGCGUGCACAUUACCGGCGAAUGUGUGAGAGGACAGAGCACACCCGUAUACAAUCGCGACACGGAUGCGACGGCGAGCAGCAACAGUGGUGGGUCCUCCUCCGACUCGGAGAGCACCAACGAUAAUGAUAAGAGCUUUGAGGAUAGUGAAAAAUCGUUUGUGAAUGAUACAUUGGCUGGCACGUCGUAGCUCUUCCCCCCUCUAUCUUCCUGUACAAAAUAUCCCCCGAAAACGACGGAUAAUAUAUAUCAUAUAAUAUUCAAUCCCAUUAUAUGCAUCUGUGAUUCAUGAAACGACAAGCAGCAAUUGUAAGCAGAAUAUAUAUAUAUAUAAAGAAAAGAAGAGCACCUAAAAAGCAGGAAUAACUAAUAAAAGAAACCUUUAAAUCCCUUUUAAA